AUGUACCUCAAAUCGGCUCUAUUCGGCAGCGCGCUGCUCUCGACAGCCUGCGCGCAUGAGAUUCUUUUUGGCCGCGACCUUCCAUUGCCAGUGGCAGCCAAUGCAGAGUCAUACACCGACUGUGCUAAUGCCGCAUGGCCUCCAUCAAACGUUGGCGUGGAGCUGAUUCCGCAAGUACCGGACGAUGAGAUGCGAGCCAUUGUGAACGAGAUCAGCCCAGCCAACAUCGAAGCCACAAUCACCAAGUUAGUCUCGUUCGGAACCCGCCAUACACUGGCUACAUUCAACAGUUCGACGCGCGGGAUUGAUGCAGCAAGAGACUGGAUAGCUUCUGAGAUGCGUAAGUAUGCCGCGGAGAGCAAUGGCACGAUGACUGUCGAAGUACAAAGCUAUCUACAAGGAGUGGCCAGCAGAAUCCCCUUUCCCGUGUACAUCUCGAAUGUGCUAGCAACUGCCAAAGGAAGUGAGAACCCGGACAGAGUAUAUGUUAUGACUGGACAUUACGACAGUCGCGUUACGGAUGUCCUCAACUAUGAAGCCGAUUCUCCUGGAGCCAACGACGAUGCAAGCGGAGUUGCCAUUGCGAUGGAGAUCGCGCGUGUCCUCGCAAAGCAUCAGCCGAAAUCAACGAUUAUUCUUGGUGCUGUAUCUGGCGAAGAACAAGGCUUAUAUGGCUCGACCUAUCUCGCACAAACCCUCAAGAACUCCAGCACCAAUGUCGAAGGUAUGCUUAACUGCGAUAUUGUUGGUUCUUCAACUGGGGAUCGAGGUCAGAAAGAUCCAUAUACUAUUCGUGCUUUCGCACAAGGUGUUCCUCCUCUAUCUGCCGAGAACAACGUCACUGCAGCACGACGCCUCCAAAUUGGUGGCGAGAACGAUAGUCCGGCACGAGAGCUUGCGCGCUUCUCUGCCGAAGUUGCUGCCAACAAUGCCACCGGCAUGAACGUAGCCAUCAUCUACCGUUUAGAUCGCUUCCUGCGCGGAGGCGACCAUACUGGAUUUCUCCAGGCGGGUUAUCCAGCCAUCCGGUACACAGAGCCUAACGAGAACUUUGCUCAUCAGCAUCAAGAUUUGCGUACCGAAAAUGGCACUGUUUACGGCGAUUUGAUUGAAUUUGUCGAUUUUGACUUCACAGCACGUGUCGGUAAAGUCAAUCUUGCGACGCUUUGGUCCCUGUCUCAGGCUCCUGCGAUGCCACGCAACGUUACAAUCGAUACCACAGUCUUGGACAACGAUUCGCGCAUCAAGUGGAUAGUUUCCAACAGCACAGAUGUUGCAGGCUAUGAGAUUGUAUGGCGAUCCACUACAGCAAGUUUGUGGACUCGCAUGCUCGAUGUUGGCAAGGUCGGCUCAGUCGUUCUUCCGCUUAGCAAGGACAAUGUUAUCUUUGGCGUAAGGGCCGUCGGAACGAACGGGUAUAAGAGCCCUGCUGUCUAUCCUUUUCCAGGAUAG